AUGUGGAGUGGGCUGCUGCCUCCUGGCCUAAAUGAGAGUGAUGUUGAGUCGAGUUCUGAAGAUGAAGCCACGUCAGAAAACUCCCGACUUCACCUCCAGGAAGCUAAAGAAGAUGAGACGACUAGACAGACAGAAGCCUCAGCUUUCCCGACAGAUGGACUGAAAGCAGAAACAGAGGCAAAUGUGAAUGCAUAUGAAGAGUGCCCUUUGGGAAUCUCUUUAAAUAUGUGGAAUAAAUUUCAAGAUUUGCAUAAAAAACAUGCUGAACAGAAAACCUCACUAUCAAGAUUCAGGAGGAAAAAAGGAAAACGUUCCAGAAAAGGUAAAGUGAAGAAUGAAGAGGCAUCUCCCAGUGAACAGUCCUCAAAUGAAACCCAGUGGAAGGAGCUUACUCAGUAUUUUGGAGUCAAUGACAGGUUUGAUCCCCCUGUUAAAAAGAAAAAAGUGGACAAGUCAGGUCUUGAAAAGAGCAUAGACCAGGCUGUGGACGAGUGGAAUAUCGAGAAGGCGGAGGAACUCAGCAACCAACUGGCUACUCGAGAGCUUGGUGUUAAAAUUGCCAAAGCUAUUUCCUGCCACAACUUUGUAAAAGCCAAAAAGGAUGCAGAGAAUUCACAGGCUGUUCGGAAAAAGAAGAAACUGGCGUGGGGAUUUGAAGCAAAGAAGAGAUGGGAAACCAAAAGCAACAUGGGAUAUAUGUAA